GAGCAAUUGAAUUUCAAACACAAACAACCGUACGAGCUCGCAGCACCGCGCCGCCGCCUCCGCGCCCGCCCCGUCCGAGCGGCGGGGGCGCACACCGUGGCCGCGCCGGAGCUGGGGCCGGGGGCCGCCAUCGAGGCGGGGGCCGCGCGAGGGCCGGAGCGCAGCGGCGCCGCCACCGCCGCGCGCGCAAACUUGGGCUCACGCUCGCCGGCGCGGCGCGGAGCCCGGGGCGCCCGGAGCCCCGCCAUGUCGCGCUCCAACCGGCAGAAGGAGUACAAGUGCGGGGACCUGGUGUUCGCCAAGAUGAAGGGCUACCCGCACUGGCCGGCCCGGAUUGAUGAGAUGCCGGAGGCCGCCGUGAAGUCCACAGCCAACAAGUACCAAGUCUUUUUUUUCGGGACCCAUGAGACGGCAUUCCUGGGCCCCAAAGACCUCUUCCCUUACGAGGAGUCCAAGGAGAAGUUUGGCAAGCCCAACAAGAGGAAAGGGUUCAGCGAGGGGCUGUGGGAGAUCGAGAACAACCCUACCGUCAAGGCCUCGGGCUAUCAGUCCACCCCGAAGAAGAGCUCUGGAGAUGAGCCCGAGCCGGAGCCUGAAGCUGCGGAGGGCGAUGGUGACAAGAAGGGGAACGCCGAGGGUAGCAGUGACGAAGAAGGGAAACUGGUCAUUGACGAGCCAGCCAAGGAGAAGAAUGAGAAGGGGGCACUGAAGAGGAGAGCAGGGGAGCUGCUAGAGGACUCUCCUAAACGUCCCAAGGAGGCAGAAGACCCUGAAGAGGAGGAGAAGGAAGUAGCCUCCUUGGAGGGUGAGAGGCCCCUCCCCGUGGAGGUGGAGAAAAACAGCACCCCUUCUGAGCCCAGCUCUGGCCGGGGGCCUCCUCAGGAGGAAGAAGAGGAGGAGGAGGAAGAGGAGGAAGAGGCUGCCAAGGAAGAUGCUGAGGCCCCAGGCAUCAGAGAUCAUGAGAGCCUGUAGCCACCAAUGUCUCAAGAGGAGCCCCUGCCCCGUUCCUGCUGCUGUCUGGGUGCUACUGGGGAAACUGGCCAUGGCCUGCAAACUGGGAACCCCUCCCCCACUCCAUCCUGUUCUCCUCUUCCACCUACUCUCCCCACUCCAAGCCCAGCUCCUGGAGAUUGACCUGGAUGGGGCAGGCCACCUGGUCCUCACCUCCAUGUCGCCAGCACCCCUGUGAUCUGAGUCAGGGCCAUGUCUUCUGCUUCAUGGGCUGAGAUAAGGCCACUGGUGUCCUUCCCUGCCUGGAGUUAAUUUCAGGGUAUCCGAAGGGGCCUUGGACUGGCUGUUUCCAUCUCCUAACGCCUCCUCCCUGCUCCCCAGCAUUCUGGACCUCUGGGUUAGCUGGGAUCAGACGUAGGAGUGGAAAGGAUGGAGAAUUCAACAGUGGGGUAGGCUUCUGGGCCUGAGAGAGGCCAUCUCCAAAUUGUAGAGGGGGGGUCUCAGGCAGGAGGACGUGUCUUCCUGCACUUCUGUCCCUUCCUCCCUUGCCUGUUAUCCCAGCUGCCUAGAUUCAGGGAAAGUGGGACAGCUUGUGGGGAGGGCUCCCUCUGUACAUCCUCGAUGAUGAUUGACAGCACCCUUUCUUCCUUUUGCUGACCCCAAGCGUUCUGGGAGCUGUAAUUGGUCAUCAGAAGAUCCAGGGCUCUGCAGGUGUUGGGGUGGAGGACCUGGGAUGGGAGGGUUGGCUUCCCCCAGCGAGGCUGGGAGUGCCGAGGAGUAACCGUCCCCUCUGAUCUCUGGCCAGAGAUUGGAUGCCCUGUGCCUCCUCCCCACCUGCUCAAGGCCAGCCUGCACUCACACGUCACCCAGACAUAAAGGAAAAGACACAUUUUUUAGGAAAUGUUUUUAAUAAAAGAAAAUUACAAAAAAAAAUUUUAAAGAACCCCAUCCCUUUGUGUCCUCCCCCCCCUCAUUCCCCACUGCUGCCUCCAUUUCUGAGGUGCCCUAGGAGGCUUCCCUCCAUUUGGGGUCUGAGGACUUUUCUUUUUGUAGCUGGGGCUUUGGUGUUCCUUGUUGUGUCAUUUCCCACUCACCUCCCCACCUGGUCUCCUGGGUGUUGUCACCAGACCUGAACCCGCGAGAGGACAGGGAACCAAGUGCCCUUCCCGCCGGCCUCUCGUGGCCUCUCUGCCUCCCUGUCUCCUGUCUCCCCUCUCCCUUGGGCUCUGAUGAAAAAUUGCUGACUGUAGGUUUGGGAGUUUAGUUCUUAGAACCGUAGACGAUUUCAGUUCUAGGAAAAUAAAACCCGUUGAUUACUAGAUGGAA